AUGAAGCGUACCAGGUAUUACGACAGCAGGAGUCGCUAUAACUCUGGAGAAUCCCACGAUUACUACACAAGGGGUUACAGUAGGAAGAGAUAUUCUCCCAGCGAUGACUGGUAUGACACAAAGUACAAUAGAAAAGACUAUAAAUAUAGCAGCAGAACAAGCAAAGAUACCAGAACACGUAGUUACAGACAAAAUGCUGACACAGCAUCAUCUAAUCGCAAUUUAAAAUCAGAAUCACAUUUUAACGAGGCCACCUCCGAUAAACCUUAUAGAAACGGAGCUGACAUACCACGAUCUUUUAACAAUGACUACAUCGUAACUAGAAGAAGAGCAAGCUUCCUUCCGAGAACGGUGGAACCAAGCCCUGUAAAGACCCAUUUCAAGCGUAGUUCCUUUAGACGUGAAGAACCUGUAUCGUCUAGACAAGAUGAGGUUUCACCCAGACCUACAGCUUCAUCUAGAUUGGGUAGUACAUAUGGAACAAGGAGUAGUGUUUCAAGUAGUUUGGACUAUGUGAACGAUGCUUCCGUAUCUCUCAAGGACACACCCAGCACGCCUUUGCCAAAAAUUAACCAUUUUGAGGAUAUCAGGAAUAAAGAAUCAAUAAUAAAGGGGGAGAGUGUCCCAAAGAAACGGGGUAUAAAUAGUAUAAGCUCUAUAGGUAGUAGAGCUAGUUAUGAAAGUGUCAAUAGCAAUGCCACAGCGGAUAGUUUUGAUGUGCCGAUAUUUUCUACAGAGAAUCAGGCCAGUUCUGUUGCACAAAAUGAUUCACCCGUUGCAUCUGAUACUAAGGAUCAGACCAUUCCAACCACUGAUUGCCCGCCCAGUAAUGAUAAUGAACUGAAUGCAGACUCGACACUAAACAAUGACCAACUUUCCGACGCAACUACGCCAAAGGCUGAAAUUACAGAGGAAAAGCCAGAGGAUGCACAAGAUGAAAAACCAUUAGUCCCUAUUGUAGUUAAGCGACCUAGAGGUAGGCCAGCUAAGAAGAAAAUUUUGAAUCCUGCAGUUGCACCUGUAGAUGGCACUGGCCAGCCUGCUGAAGAUGACGGAGUUCCAAAGGUUCCAAAAAAAAGAAGAAGAACUAAAAAAGCAGACAAAGAAAGUAAAUCUAGGACAGCAAAAGAUAAAGUUGGUAGUACAGUUACACAUAACAAGUAUACUAGACACUCUGAGAGUUGUUACGCAGCGGAAUUGAAACUGGCGAUAGAGAUGUCCAUGAAGGAGAUUGGUGAAGAUGUAGAUCAGAAACAGGACCAUGAUACAUUAGCACAAGGUAGUUUGAGUUCAAUGAAGCUUGUAAAGAGGGAAGCCGAUGCCCAUGCAGAAAGUGAUGCGAGCAGUGUUUCUUCAUCGUCAGACUCAAAAGACAGUGAUUAUACUAGCGUAAAAAAGCCAAAAAUAAAGAAGCAAAGGGCUGUACGAACGAAGGAAAAGAAAGAGUCCAAAAGAAAAGGUUCUGCAGCCAAGGGUGGCAAGAGAGGUAAACGAUCAAAGGAUGCUGGCUCAAAAUCUGGAAAGAAAUCUUCAUCUACAACAACCACUUCUACUAUAGUUCCAAAGAAGGAAUCCGCAGAGUACAAUGAGAGCCAGCUUAAAAUGUCCGCAUUUGAAGAAUAUUUGGACAUGAGCGAACGUUUUUAUUGCGGAAAGCCUAUAUGCCAGAGUGACGAAUCAAAGUCGAAUGACUCACAGGAGGAUGACGAGAACCUAUUCAAGUUCGACUGUUCUAAAUUGGCGAUAAACUACAGGGUAUCCUUCAACAUUCUCAAGUCCGACUUUAGACAGCCGCAAAUUGUUGACCUUUGGGGACCGAAGGAGAUUGUACUUUUUGAGCUUGGAUUAUUUAAAUACGGCAAGGAGUUUCACGAAAUUCAGCGCGAUAUUCCGACGAAAUCGGUGAAGGAGAUUGUGGACAUGUAUUACCUCUGGAAGAAGACUAGCCGGUACCGCAUCUGGAAGGCUAACAGAUACUAUUAGGUGUUUUUAAUAUAUCAUCAAACU